AAUAAAUUGUGACAAUGCAAUAUCAAAACACUAGGGCAAGGCAAAGGUCAUCGUCUUCGGACUCGUUGGAGAGGGUGGCUAGGCUAGCAUCAGGAAGUGCGGUGGUGAUAUUUAGCUCAAGUAGUUGUUGCAUGUGCCAUGCAAUGAAGAGGUUGUUUUGUGAGCUCGGGGUGAGCCCAAUGGUGUACGAGUUAGACCAAGACCCUAAUGGAAAAGGGAUGGAGAGGGCGCUUUCCAAGCUUAUUGGCAACUCACCAGCCAUACCGGUUGUGUUCAUAGGUGGUGAACUAAUCGGAUCGAUGGAUAGAGUUAUGGCUUCUCAUAUCAAUGGCACUCUUGUACCACUUCUCAAAGAUGCCGGAGCUCUCUGGCUGUAA